AUCACAUGAUCACAUACUAUAUAAGAAUUAGUCAUUUCCCUUCAUUGCUUCAUCAUCUUUAACCCGAAACGAGCCGAGCUUUAAUCAUGAAACUCAAAGGCUUGUCUUUGUUUUGGCUCUUAGCCUUUGUCAUUGCACUUCUUUCUAUUGCAUUCACCCUUUUUAUGAACUCUUCAUCUUCUAAUUUACCCCUUGUCAUUAAUAAACAAGCGCGUACUUUGGAUGACUUCCUAGGUGUUCUUAAGGAAUUUGGUGACGGUGUUUGGAGAAGACAUCAUCAUCAUCAUCACCACCAUCACCACCAUCACCCGAAAAGGCCACACGAGACAUGUAGUGAGUUGAAAUUGGGGUCUAUGUUGCCAUCUUUAUACCGCGUUUCUCUUACUUUAACGGUUGGUUUACAUGGUUGUGGUAAUUUUAGUAGUGUACAAAAAGCAAUUGAUGCUGUGCCAGAUUCUAGCUCUUCUUCCACUCUCAUCAUUGUAGACUCUGGAGUAUACAGGGAGAAGGUGACGAUUAAUGCUAACAAAACCAACUUGAUAAUCCAAGGUAAAGGUUAUGAAAGCACAAUAAUUUCAUGGAAUGACACUUCGAAAUCGACCGGCGGCACGGCUUACAGUGCCUCAGUCACAAUUUUUGCUCCAGGAUUUACAGCUUACAACAUCAGCUUUCAGAAUACAGCACCUCAACCAUCUCCAGGAGAUGAAGGAGGGCAAGGAGUGGCACUAAAAAUAUCAAGUGAUGAAGCUGCCUUUUAUGGUUGUGGAUUUUAUGGGUCUCAAGACACACUUAAUGAUGAUCGUGGCAGGCAUUACUUCAAGGAUUGCUUCAUUCAAGGUUCUAUUGAUUUCAUUUUUGGACAAGCUAGAUCACUCUAUGAGAAUUGCACGAUUAACUCGAUAGCUGGGAAUGAACAAGGGGUGGAUGGAUCAAUAACGGCACACGGGAGACAAUCAAAAGAUGAAAACACAGGAUUCUCCUUUGUGAAUUGCAACAUUGGAGGAACUGGUAAAAUUUGGCUUGGUAGAGCUUGGGGACCCUAUUCAACAGUUGUGUUUUCCAAGACAUACAUGUCCGAGGUUGUUUCUCCUGAUGGAUGGAAUGAUUGGAGAGAUCCCUCUAGAGACUCGACUGUUUUCUUUGGAGAAUAUGAAUGCACGGGUCCAGGAGCAAGUUACGCAAAUAGGGUUUCUUAUAGUAAGCAACUAAACCAAAAUGAGGCAGCAUCAUAUUUGGAUGUAUCGUAUAUUGAUGGAAAUGAGUGGCUUCUUCCUCAGCAAAAACUUUCAUUCUAUUCUAUAGACACCGUUAAAGAAGCUGAAUCUAUGUAGAGUUAAUAUACAAAUAGUUGUAUUAAAAUAAUUUAAUACGUACAGAGUACUACUUGUAUGUGCUUACAAUCGAAAGAUUUAAAUCUUUGUAGUUUUCUUUUUCUUUGAUUGGGUUUUAAAGAAUGAUUUCAAGGUGAACUGUAAGUAUGAUCUUUGACAUAAUAUAUUCUAGCAGAAUCUGCAGAAAGCUUACAUUGGAUAUAUUAAAUUGUGCAAUUCGUGUCUUUGGAAGUGCAUUGAAAGAAACUUGUUAUUUUCCAGCAUUGUGAUGAUGAAGAAAAAAAAACCAAGAAUAAAAAGGAUAAA